GUCAAAUCGGCCAUUUUGUUUUUGUCACAUUGACAGCGAGCACAUGUUAUUUUAAAUGUGAACUGUGAAUAUUUGAUUUUAAUUAUGUCUAUGUUAGCGGGACCCCGUCGAAAACAAAAAGUUAUUAAUUUACGUGCAAAAAAUAAUGACUGGAGCAAUGAUAACAAUAAAUUCGGCCAACGAAUGUUGGAAAAAAUGGGUUGGAGUAGUGGCAAGGGGUUAGGUGCGAAUGAAAAUGGUAUUGUGGAACAUGUUGUGGCCCGAUACAAAAAUGAUGAGAAAGGAUUGGGGUUUGAGGACAAGAACGAUCAGUGGACGAAGCAUGAAGAUGAUUUUAAUGCAUUAUUAGCGAAUUUAUCCAACGAUGAUACUAAUGUAGAAAAGCUACACAGUGGAAUAUCACUAGAAGUGAAAUCCAAGACAAGCAAAGCUCGAGUCCAUUAUCAUAAGUUCACCCGAGGGAAAGAUCUCACCCGCUACAGUGAAAAAGAUUUGGCUAAUAUUUUCGGCAAAAAAAGCCUCAAGGUUAAAGAGGAAACAGAAAUACUUAUCACCAAGGAUAUUAAAGCUGAAAAAGAAUCAGAUAAAAUAUUCACAGAAAAAGGAAGUAUGGAAGAUUAUUUUAAAAGUAAACUUGCAGCUUUUAAAUCAAAGAGUAUUUUAUUAUUUAACAAAAACACAGAUAUAGGGAAUACAGAUGAAGAUGAAAAUGCAGAAUAUGUUUUUCAAGGAUUUUCUUCAAACUGUAAUGAAGAAAAACAGGAGUUAAAUAAUAGUUGCGGGUUUAAGCCAUUUUCAUUCUAUAGUUCCAACCAUCAGACGGAAGAUAAUUCUCAAUUGAAUUUUUUGGACAAAGAGCAGUUAAGUGGCAGUGGUUUGAGCAAGAAAAAAAAGAAGAAAAAGUCUAAAGAGCAAGAUACAACUCCCUGUGUUUCAGAAGUCGAUACUAACUCACAAGUACAAGAUCAAGUGGAAGAAAACUGUGAUGCUUUAGUUAGUAAGAAAAAGAAGAAAAAGAAAUCAAAACAUUUAAAUGUGGAAUUAGAAGAUAUGGCAUUAGUGCCAGCUGAAAAAAAUAUAAACAUUGUAGACAGUCCUGAUGUAUAUGUAGAAAAUGUUCCCAAAAAGAAAAAGAAGAACAAGAGGCGUAAAUCAUUAUCGCCAGAAUUAGAAAAUAAGCAGGUUGAAACUGAUAUUUGUAGUCUUAUACCAAAAAAGAAGAAAAAAAAGAAAAACACUUUUGAAGGUUAAAUACACAUUUUUUUAUUGAGAA